AAGGAAGCGCGACUCUCUUAUCACGUCACUCUGUGUUAAGGAGUUGAGCAGGAAACAGCCUUUCCUCUUGGAUUGUCGCAGUAGGUCAAAACACGAUAUUUUUUUCCUUACUCAAUGCACCCCUCCGCACAGAAGACGCGGAAACCGGCCAGAAGGAAAAAUGCCUCCUUCGGGGAAGAUAGUUGUUCUGAUUUUCGGCGUUCUGGUGCUGGAAUCGUCCUGGAAUGCACAACACAGCCCAUGGCUUGCCAGCGCGCUACAGAUCCAACAGGCGUUCGCCUCUCCAAACCAGACCAAUAACUUUGUGGUGGAUGAGGUGAGUAGAAAAGUCUACCUGGCUACGGUAAACAUGGUCUACCAGCUUAACAGGACCCUGAGCGCGGAGGUGGAGAAGAGAACAGGGCCGGUGGAGGACAACCUGCUGUGCCAUGCGCCGCAGCUUCCCCAAGCGCCCUGCGAGCACCCCAAAUCCCUCACUGACAACUUCAACAAGCUGCUCGAGCUGGACCGGGAGCAGGGGGUGCUGGUGGUAUGCGGCUCGGUGUACCAGGGCUUCUGUGAGCUCAGGAAGAUGGAAAAUAUAUCUCAGAUAGCGGUGGAGUUUCCCCCUCAGGGCGAGAAGACCGUGUUCCCCAGCAUGCUGAAUAUCGCCGCGAACCACCCCAACGCUUCCACUGUGGGGCUCAUCUUCAGGAGUCAUGGGGGGAACACCCGACUCCUCGUCGGGGCCACUUACACCGGCGUCGGGACCACGUUUUUCCCCAAGAACCACAGCAAGGAGGACCUGCGCUUCGAGAACACACCUGAAAUCGCCAUUCGGUCCCUGAACAUCAAUGAUUUAUCUAGGCUGUUCACCUAUGACAUCAACCCGUCCGAGGAUAACGUCUUCAAGAUCAAACAGGAGGUGAAGCAGAAGAAUAAACUAAACUUUGUCCAUGCAUUCAUUCAGAAGACCUAUUCUUAUAUUGCUAUCAACAACGACGCGAAUAUGGGCCACAAGGAGAGCCAGCCGAACAGCAUCCUGGCCAGGAUAUGCCUGGACACCGAGAACCCCAGAAAAUCCACCUCAGAGAGCCGUAAACUCACUGAGUCCUUCAUCCAGAUGCCGCUCCAGUGUGGAUAUAACGGGAACAUCUACAACCGUCUCGUCUCCGUUCACCCUGCGGAGAUCCACUCGGGGACCGGAGAGGGGCUGGAGUCGUACCUGUUCGGGGUGUUCACCAAAUCAGACAGAAAGUCUGCCCUGUGUGCGUUUCGGUUCUCAGACAUCGAGGAAGAGAUCCGUCAGGGCCGGAGGAACUGCUCCAACUCCCGCAGCAGCGAGGUGCAGGUGCUGGACAGCGUCAUCCAGGGCUCGGGCGCAGCGUGCGUACACAAAGGGAAUCUGGUGCUGCAACCGGAGCAGCUGGACUGUGGAGCGGCCCACCUGCAGCACCCACUGGCCCUACAAAGGCCCUUGAGGGCCACACCCCUGUUUGAGUCUCUGGGCCUCAGCUCUGUUGCCGUGGACGACGUACAUCACCACACUGUGGUGUUUCUGGGCACCAGCACCGGACGACUGCGCAAGCUGACCCUCCUGAAGAACCUGACCGUGGCCAAUCAGUGGGCUCUGAAGCUACCAGCCGGCGAAUCAGUGCACCACAUUAUGACCUUUGACCCCAUAGACAGGAACUACCUCUACCUUAUGACUUCUCACCAUCUCCUGAGGGUAAAGGUAGCAGCAUGUAGCCAGUACAGAACAUGCAGUGACUGUCUGGGGGCCGGCGAUGCACACUGUGGCUGGUGCACACUGGAGAGCAGGUGUUCCAUCCAGAGGGAGUGUGCCUGGGGGCCUCUGGCGCGCUCCUGGAUCGGGAUGGGCGAAGGUCCCCAGCAGUGCCCCUCCAUGACCCUCACCCCCCCAGAGAUCAGCCUGUCCACUGACAUCAAGGAUGUGGGGAUUCUGAUAAACGGCAGUGUCCCUGAUCUGGUUGGUUCGCGGGUGGAAUGUGACUAUGGAUUGGGUGUUGCCACGGCAGCCACGGUGCACCUGGACUACGGCCCAGCCCAGAUUCAGACCUGCCCCCUACUACCUCGGGAGAGGUACCCCAACAUCCCCCCUGGCAGAGAUCACUUGACUGUUCCCGUGGCGAUAAAGGUGAACGGCACAUCCGUGGUUUCCGGGAGCUUCGUCAUCUAUGAUUGCGAGAGGACAGGAGCAAUACACACGAAAACUGCAUGUAUCAGCUGUCUGAGCACCAGGUGGAGGUGUUACUGGGACCAGGACAGCCACUCUUGCCUCUCCUCUAAAGACGACUCCAAACAUAGCCUGCUUGAGAAUGCUACUUUCUGUCCAAGUCUCGUGGCAGAGAAUGUUGCACCUUCGCCCUCGGGGAUGACCCAGAACUUCACCCUGUUCCUAGACAACGUGGUACAGGGGGAGGAGCUAGAGUGUGACUUUGGGAACAAGCAGCGGUAUGAUUCCCGAUGGCUGGAGGACAGCUCAGGGGUCAAGUGCAGUGGAGUGACGCUAACCACUGUGGAGAAGAGUCAGGUGUUUCAGCUCAGUCUGCGUAGAAAGGGACACCUGGACAAAUACAUCGACAGCCCUAAACCCGUGACAGUGGAGGUGUAUAACUGUGGGGUGGGCAAUGGGGACUGUUCUCAGUGUUGGGGACGUGAGAACCUGGGACAUCUGUGUGGCUGGUGUGACAACAGCUGUAGACCCAGGAAUGACUGCCAGUAUAUGAAUAGCCAGUGUCCUGACCCCGAGAUCACCAAGAUCUCCCCCCAGAGUGGGCCGUUGGAGGGAGGUACCCUGCUCACGGUGCAGGGUAGGAACAUGGGGCGCAGGGCUGAGGUAGUGGAGGUCUCCAUCGGGAUGUUCCCAUGUACAAUCAUUCCUGACCAAUACACUGUCUCUGUGGAGCUGGUGUGUGUUACUGGGCAGGCCGUUGAUCCCACAAAGAAUUUUGUCAGAAUUACUGUGAACCAAAAAGCAAUGGCGGUGUCCAAAGAGGCCUUCUCAUACUUGGUCCCCAAGCUGCUAUCCAUGGAGCCUAGAAAGGGCUCUCGUUCUGGGGGAACCAGGGUUACCAUCAAGGGGGAGCACCUGGACACUGGCUCCCAGAUCAGAGUCAAGGUCAAUGGUACCCAGGAAUGCACCAUCCUCACGCUAACUGAAGACACCAUUGAGUGCACCAUGCCUGCGGCCCUGCACACACACACUGAGGCGGUGUCGGUGUGUGUGGAGUUUGAAUACAUACCCUGUCAGCGCUCUGAGCUCCUCACCCACUACAUUUACGAGAAGAACCCCAGCAUCAGCUACAUCAAACCCAGACAGAGCUACCUCAGUGGCGGUCGGACCAUCACAGUGACAGGGCAGGGUUUUGACCUGGUUCAGAGUGUCACUAUGGAGGUGCUAGACAUCGGACAGGCGGCCUGUAAGGUGCAGCCUCCCUCCAUGAUUACAUGCUCCUCCCCCACCUCUAGCCAAUCUCAGCAGGCCACGGUAGAGUUCUUCCUGAAUGGAGUCCUCUACACAGGAGAUAGCCCGGUCUUUUACGGCCCAGGCCAGGAGGAAGAGGAGGAGCCUCACGGAGGUCACUUCCUGUUGGAGUACGUGGAGGACCCUCAAUUCUUCACCGCCAACAAGGAGAAGCUGAUCAAGCACCACCCUGGGGAGCCACUCACACUCAUCAUCAACAAAGGACCGAGCAAUCUGGAACUGGCGCCAGAGGAAUACUCAGUAAUGAUUGGCUCCUAUCCCUGUGACAUCAGCUUCCAUAACGACCAGCUGUUCCACUGCAGCAUCAAUGGCUCGCUGGGCUCCAGUGAAGGAGAACUGCCUGUCACCGUGCAGGUGGGUAACUUCCAGAGGAUCAUAGCCAAGGUGCAGCUGGGUGCUAGUGAGCUGGCCAUUGUGGUGUCCAUCGUGGUGUGCUGCGUCCUGCUGCUGCUGUGCACUGUGGCUCUGGUGGUAUACUGUACUAAGAGCCGGAGGGCGGAGCGCUACUGGCAGAAGACUCUGCUGCAGAUGGAGGAGAUGGAGUCCCAGAUCAGAGAGGAGAUCCGCAAAGGCUUUGCAGAGCUGCAGACAGAUAUGACAGACCUGACUAAGGAGCUGAACAGUAGCCAGGGAAUCCCCUUCCUGGAGUACAAACAGUUUGUCACACGCACUUUCUUCCCCAAGAUGUGUUCAGACUAUGAGAGGAGUCUGGUCCAGCCCGUCUAUGAGAACAACGCCCUCGGUCCACGAGCCCUCCCUGAGACACACCCCCUUCUGCAGGACUGGCAGCCCUCUAACACAGCCAAGCCUAACAUGGAAGAGGGCAUAACUCUCUUCUCCACUCUUCUCAACAACAAGCACUUCCUGGUUACCUUCGUCCACGCGCUGGAGCAACAGAAGGACUUUGCCGUACGCGACAGGUGUAGCCUGGCAUCCUUGCUCACUAUCGCCCUCCAUGGUAAACUGGAGUACUACACCAGCAUUAUGAAGGAUCUGCUGGUGGACCUGAUCGACGCCUCGGCCGCCAAGAACCCCAAGCUGAUGCUGCGACGCACAGAGUCUGUGGUGGAGAAGAUGCUCACCAACUGGAUGUCUAUCUGCAUGUACAGCUACCUCAAGGAGACAGUGGGCGAGCCCUUCUUCCUGCUACUGUGUGCCAUCAAGCAGCAGAUCAACAAGGGUUCUAUAGACGCCAUCACAGGGAAGGCCCGGUACACCCUCAACGAGGAGUGGCUGCUCAGAGAGAACAUUGAGGCCAAGCCACAGAACAUCAACGUCUCGUUCCAGGGCUGUGGGAUGGACUCUCUGGCCGUGAGGGUGAUGAACACAGACACCAUCUGCCAGGUGAAGGAUAAGAUUCUAGAUGCCUUCUAUAAGAACCUGCCCUUCUCGCAGUGGCCCCAGGCAGAGGACGUAGACCUGGAAUGGUUUGCGUCUGGUAGUAACAGCAGGAUCCUCCAGGACCUGGAUAACACUUCAGUGAUGGAGGAUGGCAGGAAGAAACUCAACACAGUCACGCAUUACCAGAUCCCAGAGGGGGCGUCGUUCGCCAUGAGCAUGAAAGACAAGAGAGACAACACCCUGGGGAGAGCCAAAGACUUGGACACAGAGAAAUAUGUCCAUUUGGUCCUGCCUCAUGAUGAGCUGUUUGAGAAUAAGAAGUCCCACAGACAGAGUCACCGUAAGAAGGUCCUCCCUGAGAUCUACCUGACACGCCUCCUCUCCACCAAGGGAACAUUGCAGAAGUUCCUGGACGACCUUUUCCAGGCCAUCCUCAGUAUUCCUGCAGAACGUCCCCCACUGGCCAUCAAAUACUUCUUUGACUUCCUGGAGGAGCAGGCGGACAAGAGGGGCAUCACCGACCCCGACACCCUGCACAUCUGGAAGACCAACAGUUUACCUUUGCGUUUCUGGGUGAACAUCCUGAAGAACCCUCAGUUUGUGUUUGACAUUGACAAGACGGAUCACAUGGACGCAUGUCUGUCUGUCAUCGCCCAGGCCUUCAUAGACGCCUGCUCCAUUUCAGACCUGCAGCUGGGCAAGGACUCUCCCACCAACAAGCUGCUGUAUGCCAAGGAGAUCCCAGAGUACAAAAAGAGGGUGCAGUGCUACUACAAGCAGAUCCAGGAGAUGGCGCCACUGAGCGAGCAGGAGAUGAACGCCCACUUGGCCGAGGAGUCACGGAAAUACAGAAACGAGUUCAAUACCAACCUGGCCUUGACGGAGAUCUACAAAUACGCCAAGAAAUACAGAAACCAGGUGGUGAGUGCUCUUGAGUCCAACCCCACAGCGAAGCGUACUCAGCUGCACCACAAGUUUGAGCAGGUCAUUGCUCUGGUGGAAGACAACAUCUAUGAGUGCAGCAGUGAGGCCUGAGUCUCCCCCAACCCAGAUUCCAGCCUAUUCCCCCUGGCUGCCUCCACCCUACCCGGGGUCCAAGGACCUAGGAAACCCCCAGUCCGUCUACCCUCCACAUAUCCCUACUGUUUAUAGAGCCCAAAGACAGAAAGGAACUCUUUGCUUUAAGAAAGAUUUUGCUUUAAGACUGGAAGAGAUGUCAGCUUGAGCUUUACUGUACCACCCCUAACCCAAGACUGCCUCAGAAACCUGAUUGGGAGCACUGUACCAUGGAUUAAGAAAUGUCCUAAGAAACGUACCUUGUAUUGAGCAAUUGCUUUAGAUAUACCGAGGAAUUGAUACCCACAUCCCUUAUAUCAAAUAUAGAAUCUCUGGAUCCUCCCUUUGACUGUGUUGACUCUUCUAUUGACACAUGGAUAUAACCCCAAGCUGGUUUCCUGCUUAUUCACACCUGGCUUAAAUCUCACUCUGGUUUCACACUGCUUUGACCUGAAGCAUAGUGGAGUUAGGCACUUGGAGAUGGACCUGGAUGACGUCACCGCCUCUGGGACCUGGUUCCCCGGCAACCAUCUUACGCACUGACCCCCUUUUUCUAGGGGGAUGAGCCAAUGAUGCACUGUACUGUAUGAUAAAUGUCCAUAGCAAUAUUUAUAGCUGAGUUAUAAUGCUUUCUGAGUGGCCUGUUCAAUGAUAUGUGAAUGAGAAACUCCUCCCAUCUUCUUAUAACCUGCACUGUUCUCAGGUUUGAUUGGUGGAAUGGGCAAAGAACUCCACCGAUGCUUUGAACUACAAGUCCCAAUGGGCUUUGCAAGUUGGUGAUGGGUUAUGGAGGAGUAGAGAGUAUAAUUAGGUGAUUUAUUUAGGUGACGUUUCAUGUGCCAGACCUGCUUGCAAAGAGACUGGACUCUAUAUAAUUACAUUGGAUGUGUUCAUGUGAAGACAGGUUGAUCUGUUUUGGAAGUGACUGAGAACGAAGAUUGAUUAUGAUCAAGCGGGAAAUUUAGAGUAGAACUAUGACCUUCAGUUAAUCAAAGAGGAAGAACUGUUUGACAUGACUGUACUUGUGAUGCCAAAAUGACUUGUGUCUAUUGUCAGAGUUUGUGAAAGUAAAUGCUAUUACAAAGCUUUAAAAUGUUAUGAAAUGUCAGUUUCGUAAUCAUAUUUCAAUUCCUGUUUUCAUCAAUAACAAGGGCUCGAUUCAAUCAAAUCCGCUUUAGCCAACAUCCGCAUAGCGGUUGUUUUGGCUGUAUGGGAACUGAGUUUGAGCUGUCAUAUCCACAAGUGGCUCCUGGCAUUAUACCUAAAGCGGACAUUGCCAUUGGCUGCACGUAGUUGCAUUAACCAAAAUCCCAUGCAGCCUUAUUUACAAGUUUGAACACUGGAAUGUGAGAUAUAAUCUACACCUGGAUUAGGAUGAUAGAAAUGCUCAUGAUUUCAUUGGAUGAUUUAUAAAUUUGAGCAUAAUUAUAUCUAUAUAGCCUACAUAUUCUCAUUCUGAACUUCUAGCGCUUUGGCUUUCAUGGCAACGAUCGAUCGCAAGAGCAGCUGCUCACCGAUUUGACAGCUCUAGCAGUUUCACCUCUGACAUUGCCAAAACAUCUGCUAUGCUGGUGUCUGCUAUCGCCAGUUAAUGACUGAAUCUAGGCCCUAGUCCUAUGUAAACUGAGAAAAGUUUAAAUUUUUAAACCACAGGGCAGCAAUGUACUGUAGAGUUUUGUUUGUGCUGUCUUGAUUGGUUGUGCAUACCACCCAACAACCCAAUGGGCAUCUGGACUUUUUCUGAAAGGCUAGUACUGUAAAUGCUCCCAUAUGAAAGAAACAGCUAUGAAAAAGAAAGAUCUCAUAUUUUUAUCAUCAUUUUUAUUCCAGGACAUUUAACAACUUUAUUUCCACGUCACGUACAACAUCCUAAUCUUUACAUUAUUAACACUAGUCCUGUCUCCAGAGCUUUUAAACAUACACGCAUACACACACGCACACUAACACACACACUCUCAGGAGGUGUCAUCUUUCUGCAGAGGUUCUAUGCAGGUCCAUUUGUUUACAUUCAGGACCUUUUCCGAGCCAAGUGUUAAGAACUAACCCGUUCAGCCUCAUCAUGGGAAAGACACAGAAACCAGGGGAGAGGUCUCCUCAAUGCUUUAUGGUAGGCACAAUCUAAACCAAUUUAAAAUGUAUUUUACCCUAAGUAUUAAUUUUUUUAAUGGAUACUUUAAAGCGUAUUUAAGGGGCAUAAGAUGAACAAUUAUGUAAACAAAAGUUGCCAUAGGUUUUUUUGUAUUGUGGCAUUUGAAGGUUUCACAACACUAAAUGAUUGUAUGUGUUUUAAUGGAAGGGGAGCCCAUGGAACGUGUUUAGUUGGACAGCCACCAAAAUGACACCCAGAGGUGCUGCUUAAAGUGCUUGAGGUAGAAGUCAAGAUGCACUAACCCACAGACCUGGUAUCAGACAAUGCAACCCCUAUUCCUAACCAUAACCUUUAAAAGGGGAGUAAAAUAAUCUGACUCUUUAUCAGUGGUUUGAGGCAACUUCUACCAACUCCAGUAAACGAUUGAUGAAGCCAACUAAGCACUGUUUCUUGGUUUGUUAUGCUUUGGUCACAUUGAGGGAUAUAUGUACAGGUACAACAGGCACACCCAUGCAGUGCAGAUAGAGGUAAAUCGAGAAAAUUGGCCUAUCGGGGGCUGCUGCUUGGCGGUGGGUCCACAGAUGGGCUGGGACAGGUAAGGAGUCAGGCUUUAUGGGUCGUAGGUCAGGCAGGAGCCACCUGGCUGGCAGAGAUGGAGGAGGCCUGUGUUUUGGAGGAGGCGGUGGAGGUCUCCUCCUCACCUAAUGGGUUCUUCCCGCAACACACUAUGGUCAACAUGCAGUUCCUGAACUGGAGAAGGGAGGAGAGGGAAGGUUUUUCUCACACGUCUAUCUAUGUCCGCUUUAUGUAGACAUACACACACACUCUGCUUGGGUUACCUGUCUGUUGAGUAGAAUGUAGAUUAUUGGGUUGUAGAGGGCAGCACUCUUGGCAAAGAAGGCUGGGAUGGUCAUCAUGACAGGGCCAAAGUUGGUGCCCUGAUUGGCAAAGAUGUACCAGGCCACAGUGGCAUAGGGCAUCCAGCACACCAGAUACGAGAUGACCAUGACGAUCACCAUACGGGUCACUUCCUUCUCUGCCCUCUGAGUGGUCUCUGACUCCUGCUGCAGGGCUGCCGCCUGAAUGGACAGACACACACAGAGUUCUUUGAUAUGAGCCCUAACUGGAGAUAUAUUAGUCCUGUGCGUUUACCGGUACUCAGUGACCGUGUGUGUGGUCGUACCGCGCGGACGGUGCAGAGCAGACGGCCGUAGCAGAAGCCGAUGAUGACCAGAGGGAUGGAGAAGUGGAGGGUGAACAUGUAGAUGACAAAGGAGGUGUUUCCCAGCUCAGGUGUCGGGGUGUAGUAGUCAAUCCCACAGGAACACUGCAUGCCCUCUGGGAUGUACCUACAAACAUUCACCUCAUAUUUUUGUUUGGAAAUGUAAUAUACAGAAGUAUUGCCCCGGAGGUCUACCAGCCAUCAGCCCAUUCAUUGUUCUUAAGGUGACAUUUAAGGUAAGACUAGUAGGAGAUGCUAUUUGGAAGGUACAGUGCCUUGCGAAAGUACUCGGCCCCCUUGAACUUUGCGACCUUUUGCCACAUUUCAGGCUUCAAACAUAAAGAUAUAAAACUGUAUUUUUUUGUGAAGAAUCAACAACAAGUGGGACACAAUCAUGAAGUGGAAUGACAUUUAUUGGAUAUUUCAAACUUUUUUAGCAAAUCAAAAACUGAAAAAUUGGGCGUGCAAAAUUAUUCAGCCCCCUUAAGUUAAUACUUUGUAGUGCCACCUUUUGCUGCGAUUACAUCUAAGUCGCUUGGGGUAUGUCUCUAUCAGUUUUGCACAUCGAGAGACUGACAUUUUUCCCCAUUCCUCCUUGCAAAACAGCUCGAGCUCAGUGAGGUUGGAUGGAGAGCAUUUGUGAACAGCAGUUUUCAGUUCUUUCCACAGAUUCUCGAUUGGAUUCAGGUCUGGACUUUGACUUGGCCAUUCUAACACCUGGAUAUGUUUAUUUUUGAACCAUUCCAUUGUAGAUUUUGCUUUAUGUUUUGGAUCAUUGUCUUGUUGGAAGACAAAUCUCCGUCCCAGUCUCAGGUCUUUUGCAGACUCCAUCAGGUUUUCUUCCAGAAUGGUCCUGUAUUUGGCUCCAUCCAUUUUCUCAUCAAUUUUAACCAUCUUCCCUGUCCCUGCUGAAGAAAAGCAGGCCCAAACCAUGAUGCUGCCACCACCAUGUUUGACAGUGGGGAUGGUGUGUUCAGGGUGAUGAGCUGUGUUUGUUGCCAAAAAGUUCAAUUUUGGUUUCAUCUGACCAGAGCACCUACUUCCACAUGUUUGGUGUGUCUCCCAGGUGGCUUGUGGCAAACUUUAAAUGACACUUUUUAUGGAUAUCUUUAAGAAAUGGCUUUCUUCUUGCCACUCUUCCAUAAAGGCCAGAUUUGUGCAAUAUACGACUGAUUGUUGUCCUAUGGACAGAGUCUCCCACCUCAGCUGUAGAUCUCUGCAGUUCAUCCAGAGUGAUCAUGGGCCUCUUGGCUGCAUCUCUGAUCAGUCUUCUCCUUGUAUGGGCUGAAAGUUUAGAGGGACGGCCAGGUCUUGGUAGAUUUGCAGUGGUCUGAUACUCCUUCCAUUUCAAUAUUAUCGCUUGCACAGUGCUCCUUGGGAUGUUUAAAGCUUGGGAAAUAUUUUUGUAUCCAAAUCCGGAUUUAAACUUCUUCACAACAGUAUCUCAGACCUGCCUGGUGUGUUCCUUGUUCUUCAUGAUGCUCUCUGCGCUUUUAUCGGACCUCUGAGACUAUCACAGUGCAGGUGCAUUUAUACGGAGACUUAAUUACACACAGGUUGAUUGUAUUUAUCAUCAUUAGUCAUUUAGGUCAACAUUGGAUCAUUCAGAGAUCCUCACUGAACUUCUGGAGAGAGUUUGCUGCACUGAAAGUAAAGGGGCUGAAUAAUUUUGCACGCCCAAUUUUUCAGUUUUUGAUUUGUUAAAAAAGUUUGAAAUAUCCAAUAAAUGUCUUUCCACUUCA